GCUUAAAAUCCUGAUGACAGCUGACAUCAGCUGAAAGCUCAAAAUCACCUAAGCUCGUGUUGUGCGUGGUGUUGCGUUUAAUUAAUUUUAAUUAUUAUUUAUAAAACGCUGAGAAUUCGUGUGAAUAAUUACUAAGCCAAAUAAUUACCAAAAAGGAUUUAAAAUGGCAGCAACGUUUAGUCAUCGUGUGUUAUUAACACUCGGCUUUCUCUCACUAUUUCAUGCCGCGUAUUCCGCAGCUCAACAUCGAUCAUAUUUACGCAUAAAUGAACAAAAGUUUACGUAUUUACCACUUGAUAUCACAAUUCAAGCUGUAUGCAGCUUGUUUAUAAUCAUGUGCGGAGUAUUAAAAAUUGCUGGUGAAUUCAAGGAAAUUAAAGCCUCAGCUGACUUGAAGGAAAAGUCUUGGGACUCAUAUAAAAACCAACCUUCAUUUUACUCAUUCAACCACAGAGGCAAAUCACUAGCAAUGGCCACAUUUUAAUAUAACAGUGUGUAUUCAUUUAUUUAAAUCUAUAAUUAUUUAACACCUCAAAGGAUCUAUUGAGUAUUAACAACUCCUUAAACAAUACACAUAGUUAAAUGCUUAAUGUGAAGAAUGUUGAAUGUGUAUCACACUCACACAUCCUAAGCAAAUUGGAUUAAACACACAGACACACACCAUUUGGAUGGCAUUCAAUAAAGUUUUUUCAGUUGCUCAUAA